AGUGGCCCCCAUGGUCUCUAGCCUGACGCUGCUGUACUUUUCGUUUCGCAGGGAGGAGUCAGACGACAGUUUGGUCUUUAACGUGACAUGUUUAUUGAAUUAUCAGUAAAUCUCUCUCCUUUUGAACCAUGUAUACAUCAUGUAGUCUGUGCGUGUCGUGGACGUGAACGUGGAUCGAUCCCUGAGCUGAAAGUUAUCCACUAAAGAUCGAAGGAAACUGACGGAACAGGAAGGCGGAACAAGAUCACCAGCAGAGCAGACAGAAGACUGAAUCACAACAUCCACUCUGUGCUGGUUGUUGACUCAACAACCUUUUGACUGCCUUCAUUUCAACAGUAAAUAAUUCACCUGAAGCAUUCAAACCAAUCGCCUGCUACCACCACAUGCAACCAUGGCCUUGGUCCUGAAACAAGUCUUCAACAAAGACAAGACAUUCCGGCCAAAGCGCAAGUUUGAGCCCGGGACACAGCGCUUCGAUCUGCACAAGAAGGCCCAGGCGUCUCUGAACGCGGGGCUGGACCUGAAGCAGGCCGUUCAGCUGCCCCACGGCGAGGACCUCAACGACUGGGUGGCCGUCCACGUGGUCGACUUCUUCAACCGCAUCAACCUCAUCUACGGCACCGUCAGUGACUCCUGCACCGAUGAGACCUGCCCCGUCAUGUCCGGGGGGCCCAAGUACGAAUAUCGCUGGCAGGACGAUCACAAGUACAAGAGACCGACGGCGUUGUCGGCCCCCAAAUACAUGAGUCUGCUCAUGGACUGGAUCGAGGUACAAAUCAACAACGAGAACAUCUUCCCCACCAAUGUUGGUACUCCCUUCCCUAAGACCUUCAUGCAGGUGGCUAAGAAGAUUUUGUCGCGUCUGUUCCGGGUGUUUGUCCACGUCUACAUUCACCACUUUGACCGCGUGAGCCAGAUGGGGGCCGAGGCUCACGUGAAUACCUGCUACAAGCAUUUCUAUUACUUUGUUACUGAGUUCAACCUGACGGACAGCAAAGAGCUGGAGCCUCUGAAAGAGAUGACCUCUCGGAUGUGUCACUGAGGGAGCGCUGAACCUGUUGACACACACCGGACCAACACAUCCGUCCACCUAGACGACUGCAGCGGAGGACUAUAAGAACAAAUUCCAGAAAGAGUCUAUUUUUAUAUUUAAGUACUGUAAUCUAUUUUAGCCACAUACUGUAGGUUUUAAUGCAAGAACUUUGUUACGUGAGGCUUUCUGUUCCUUUUUAAAAAAAAAAGUUUUCAGACCUUUUAUCAGAGCACAGUAUUAAGAGGUGUAUGUUUGUGUUGAUGUUUUUCUAUUUUAUUUGAAUCUCAAUCAUUCCAGGAGGCGUCUGACUUUCUGUCAAUCUAAAAAAAGAUCUUAAAUUAGUACGAUUUCUUACUGUACGUCUAUAAAAUCACUAUGUUGUUACAUUAAAAGAUUCUUUACUCUGUGAUAAUCUGA